UGUAUCAAUUAUAAUACAUACAGCAUGAAAGGGUUCAUUCCUAAUGGAACAGCCCUGGUGUACAGCUCCAGUCUGGGUAUCUGGGAAGUCUUAUUUCUUUCCUUGUGUGUGGGUGGCUUUUAGUGGGCCGCCCGGGUCUAAGAGAAGCCUGAACCGCCACUGCAGCCGCAUCGUUAGCAAACUGUAUCAUACAAGGUCUUUACUUCUGAAGUCUCGGUCUCGAGCCUUCCGGGUUGUCCUCGCGAGGUUGAUGCUAGCUGACCCCAGUGUGGGGCGUGUGUUUGUUGUGUGUCCUGGUCGCGGAGUGGACACCGGACUCAGCCUUCACCCGGCAGAGGGACCGCAGGAGCCGGGACGGACGUGUCCUCCGCGGACUUGUGUUUUCUGAUGAACCAUGAGUUCGGUGUGGAAGCGGUUUCAGCGGGUCGGAAAGAGAGCCUCAAAGUUUCAGUUUGCUGCUUCCUUUCAAGAACUGAUAGUAGAAUGUACUAAUAAAUGGCAACCCGACAAACUGAGAGUGGUGUGGAUUAGAAGAAACAGACAUCACAGCACAAAGCUCCACAGCUGGCAGCCAGGGAUACAAAACCCCUACAGGGGCUUGGUGAUUUGGCAGGUUCCAGAGAGUUUGAACAUUACCGUCACUCUCUUCAAGGAACCUGCUGCAGAAGAGUUUGAAGACAAGGACUGGACGUUUGUCAUUGAAAAUGAGACAAAAGGCCGCAGGAAGGUGUUGGCUUCAGCUGAUGUGAACAUGAAGAAGUAUGCCAGCGCUACGCAGGCCCAGUAUGACGUCACACUGAAGCUUAAACCUCUGUCUGUGAAGGUGGUUGAAGCUACGCUGAAAUUCAGCCUGUCCUGUGUCUUUCUGAAGGAGGGCAAAGCCACGGAUGAAGACAUGCAGAGUUUGGCCAGUUUGAUGAGUAUGAAGCAGAGCGAUGUUGGAAACUUGGAUGAUUUCAAUGACAGCGAUGAUGAGGUCGGCGAGGAGAGAAGGGCCAGCUUUGGAAGUGGACAAACUCUUCAUGUUACUGCCUGUGCUUCCUCUAAUGGUAAAGUUCAGGAUCUGGCUCGGAGGCCUGAACAUGAAUCAGACUCCUCAGAGAUGGAUUGGAAAAGGUUCUGCAGCAUUUCCCCAACCAUCUUGGCAACAUCUCAUCCUCCUCCUGACCCUGUAGACCCUUCUGGUCCACCAUCUUUACUGCAAACACACACACAACCACCUCCAAGCACUUCUCUGCAACAUCCACCUUCCCACCAUUCCCACUCACUUCCAGCCUUUGUAUGUCCUCGACCUCCUGCACUUCCCAGAAUCUUCCAGCCAAGAGCCGGAUCAGCUCCACGGAGGCCCCAUAGCUUCCACAGUGACUCCUUUCCGGCUGAGGCCCUGGCCUUCUCUACACUUGCCCCUCUCAAAGCCCUCUCCACCUCUUCUCUCUCAUCUUCCUCUGAUCCAUCCUUCCAUCCUCCCACUUUCUCUGAUUCCUCACAAACAGCUCUGCUCAGAUCCUUGCCUCCUACAUCUUUGGCUCCCAGACAGCCAAAACCUCGCCCCACCUCUUUGGGGGGGUUGGGCUGUGCCCUGACCAGACCCACCAGUCUCCCAUCUGCCCCUGAGAGAGCUUCGUGGCAGACUGAAUGGAGACCCCCUAAAUCUCAAGCCCCUCUAUCACAGCCUGCCCUCUCACCCAAGUCCCUACGUCUCUCUGCCAGUGAUCCUGGACAACCUGCAGUGCGACAGAAAAAACAGAGACUAGAGAUGACAUCUCCAUCCUCUCCACCCCCUGCUCAGUCUUUGUAUCAGAAACAGGGAGAGGCUGGAUGUGUUUCCUCCUGGACACCUCAUACCACCCCUUCACCCAGCCCUCUUAGUCCGUUAUCUGCCCCUCUGCUCUCUGGGGCUUCUACUUUACCCCAAACUGCCUCUGUCUGCCCAAGUAGGCAGGAUGCAGAAUUUAAAAGACAGCUGAGCACUCUUAAUGAAGAGGACACACAGAGUUCAGCCCCUACAGCUGUUGAGCCCAGAGCCUCGAUCAGCCCGAGGAUGAAGCUGUCUACAUCAUCAGAGUGGAGAACUGGGGGCGUCAACACACCAAGCCUUGAACAAAGAAGCUUGGAAGAAAUGUCUGCUACUUCCUGUCAGCCUGCAUCAAAUGAAUCACUUACAGAUGUCAGUAAAAAUAAAAAAGAAUUGUUGGAUGCACCCAUGGACACGUCCUCAGAUGAUCAAAACAAUAGUCCUAGUACUACUACUAGUACUACUUGUGAGCUGAUUAAGUAUACAGUUUUUUAUGACAAAGAAAGGGUUAGCAAUCAAGCGAGAGUCUACUCAGGUGACCAUAAACACAAAGGGGAUCCUAAAUCUGUACAAAUAUCCAAGACUGCAUCUACUCCACAAAAAAUGCCGCCUUAUAACCUUCUGCAACAUGCUACUGCACAAAUACCUGUUCUGUUAACUGAUCACCAUGAAAAUUUAAAAGCCCAAAUUGAUUCUGCUUUACAAACUGAUUUUUUAAGUCCCAAGCCUUGUGAAAGAAGUUCUGAUGUCUCAGCUGCUCUUGAAUCAUUGCUGAACAUUGAUGAACCAAGUCAAAGAGACACUGAAACAAUUCCUUCCCUACUGACAGAGAAAGAUCUGACAACCAAACCACAAUGUCAAGUCUUGGAGUUAGCUGAAAGUCCAUCUCCACAGACAGAGACAGACUAUACAAGCUCAAAGGACUUAAGGAAAACCUCUUUUUCUCUUGAAUGGCCCAAGAAAGACAUCACAACAUGUACCCAGGCCUCUUCUUACACAAUUUCCCCCUUGGAAACAAAGCCAGAGCCAGAUGUGUUACGUGUUGAAGAUACAAUCAUAAAGAGGAUUUGUCUCCCACAACACAAAAGCAAAUCUGGUGGAGUGAACAGUGACAGGGGAAAUUCUGCAGAAAAGUCAAAUAUUGCCUACAAAGAGUGUGAAAAACCAGUCCAAUUUGAGACCGUUGCAACUGGUGAUAUGGAAGAAACAAGGCAGCCAGCAGUAGUUGGUAACAAAUCUGUUAUGUUCAGCAUCGAAUCUCAGAAAACGGAGGCUGCACUGAAGACAGGAGAUACAGAGAGAGUCAAACAAACAUCAAAUCCUGUCCCAAGACCACGUUUGAGGAAACGCAUCCCAUCUACAGAGAUAGCAUCUCAGGUUUACUGUGGUGAAGAAGUUCAAACAAUAGGGAAAGGUGGCCUUUCAUCCUUUCCUCCCGCAGACAAAGAACCAUUAGAAGUGGAGAAAAGUAAAGGCCUUCAUGUUACUUUAAAUGAUGGAUCUUCAUCUACUGAAAAAGGGAGUGGUACAUUUACCCUUGAGACCAGUGUUCUUGCAGAGUAUGGUGAUAAUUCCGUAAAGAGAAAGAGACCACAAGUCUUACCUGUACCAAGAGCAAAAAUAAAGAAACCUCUCUGUGAUUUGUUCCCACGGGACUCUGCUGUUUCUGGAUCACCACUUUCCUGCCAGUCAGAGAUCAUGGCUGACAGUAAACAGCCAACUUUUCCUGUCCCAUUACCUCGGAUCAAAAAAAAUCUGAAAACAACUUAUGUAGACAGAGCACCACCUGGAGACAGUAUAUAUCCCAAAGAAAAGCAGUUGUCUGAGACAAACCCUGAUGAUCCAGCUGUCAUGUACAGGGAAGCAAAGGAAUGUUCCACAUCCCUGGAUUCAAGUGUGACCUCCAAAGAAGAUUUUGUUGCAAAUCAAAGUGAAGAUGACAAGUUGUUACUGUUGGAAAGUGAAAUGAGAGCAGUGAUGCAAGAAGUAUGUAUUGAGUCACAGACUGUAAAAAAUCCAGAAUGGUCUCACGAUGAAAUCACUGAAGGCUGGACUUUCACAAAUAAAGCAGUGGACUCAGAGAAGGCUGCAGGAGCAGUCCUGGAAGCAGCAGUCGAUAGGUUUACUGUUGAAUCUUCCCAGGACAACUGGCUCCAUGUUGAGCAUGGAAACAGUAAGCUAACAAACAGAAACACAAGGAGUGAAGUGGGGGAUGAAGAGUUCGACUUUGGCUUUGUGUCUGUUGAUAAGGCUGCUGAUUGUUCUGAGAAUCACAGGCAGUCGGAAGCAGGAGAAUCCUCAGGUCAGCCUGUACCAAUUCCUCGAGGGAAGAAGCGCUUAAGCGGUUCGUCGUUAAGCGACCCCAAGUCCCGGCUAGUCGAAGUCCACCAAACCAACGAACCAGCAACCCCUCAGAAAAGACCUGCAGAUGGGGCAGCCUCUCUGGAUAGUUUUUCGGCCAGUCCCAGUUUGGUCACAUCCUGUCAGUCUCUUCUGGAGUGGUGUCAGGAGGUCACACAGGGUCACAAAGGAGUGAAGAUCACCAACUUCAGCACUUCCUGGAGGAGCGGCCUGGCGUUCUGCGCCAUCUUACAUCACUUCCAGCCUGACAAAAUAAAUUAUGAACUCCUGGACCCGUACGACAUCAAGUUCAAUAACAAAACGGCUUUUGAUGGAUUUGCCGAGCUUGGUAUUACCCGACUGAUGGAGCCUUCAGACAUGGUCAUGCUUGCAGUGCCUGACCGCCUCAUCAUCAUGACCUACCUCAACCAGAUCCGCACCCAUUUCACAGGCCAGGAGCUCAGUGUUCUUCACUUAGACAAGGAUAGCAGCGGGUCCAACUAUGCGGUAUCAGGAGGCAGAGAGGUCCAAGACGACCCAGAGGCAACUGUUCGCUACUGCACCCAGAGACUACAGGAGGAAGGUAUAAGCCUGGACAUUAUUGGGAAUGUAAGCACAGCAGAGAAUGAAAGCAAGAGUAGUAAGGACAUGGUCCCACCUCCCAGAACCAAACGAUUGCAACCUCCCGUGGCAGGGGGUGCUGGUGGGGCUCAGUCUCCAGUGGCACCGCCAAGGACUCAUUUCCUUUCCAAGUCAGGCUUUUCUCAUGUCAAAGAUGCCGAUCUGGUCAAGAAGCGCAGGUCACAGCGCAGGAGUGGGUCAGUAGAAGAAGGAGACAUAUUGGCGGGGGUUUCAGGGCAAGACCGGAGGAAGUCAGACACUGAGGGAACUGAGUUUGUAGAAGAAGAGGAGAGGCCUGAAGGCCAGGACCCUAACCAGUAUGUGUUGAGUCAGAUGGAAGCCCUGGAAGCAGAACAAAAACACAUUGAUAAUCGGGCCGGUGUGGUGGAGAGGAAACUCAGACAGUUAAUGGAAACAGGUAGCGACAAGACAGAGGAAGAGAGGCUGAUUCAGGAAUGGUUUACACUAGUCAACAAGAAGAACGCUUUAAUCCGGAGGCAGGAUCAUCUGCAGCUCUUGUCUUUCUGGACCCUCUUCAGAGCAUCUUUGUCCCCUGAUCUGAAGACCCUCUUCUUCUCAUUUAGCAGGGCCUUCAGGCUAGAAGAACAAGAUUUGGAAAGAAGAUUUGAGCUGUUAAACAAAGAGCUGAGAGACAUGAUGGCAAUAGAAGAAUGGCAGAAGACUCAGGUCCAUAAACACCGGGAGCAGCUGCUGCUGCAGGAGCUGGUGUCUCUGGUCAACCAGAGGGACGAGCUGGUCCAUAACAUAGAUGCUAAGGAGAGAGGAGCUCUGGAGGAGGAUGAACGCCUGAAGCGUGGCCUGGAGCAGCGAAGGAGAAAGUACACUAAACAGCAGAAAGAAAAAUGCAUCAUGCAGUGACUCCCACCCUUUGCCACCGAAUCCUGAAGCAUCUCUUUGAAAGAAAGCAGGUCAAGACAAAGAACAGAAAGACACAGUGGCACCCAGUCCUCUUUUAACUUCGGGUGUUUGGUGUGGCUUUAAAUCAGCUGUACGAGGGUGUGUCUACCACAAUUUGUUCAGGCUCAGUGGAAACUUAAAUGCCUUUUGAUUUUACCAAAUUGUGGCUAUGACCUCUGUUUUAUGAAACAACGAUCACAAUCUUUUAGGAAAGGGUUAUAGAAAGGCAUUAUUAUUAGGUUCAGUUGAAGGCUGAUUUAAAAUGGGAGCUGAGAAAGGAGAGUAGGGUGCCACUAAGGAAAUGUUUGAGUCAGUUUUAUAGAUUAUACAUAUUUAAUUUAGUUUUCUGAUAAAGUGAAGUAUAACAUAACACAGAUGUAGUUGUUUCAGAUGAAAAUGAAGAUUUGAACGUUUCUGUAUUAGUAAAGCUUCACAUGUCUAAAGAUUAAUCAGUUAGCAGCUUCUUCAUCGCCUUUGCUCUGAAAAGUCUGGACCUGAGAUCUUAUCCUUGUUAAAAUUUGAAGUCCUUCUGUCGCAGGUUGCUGCCACUCGAAGCUCCUUUUUGUAGAUUUAUUACAGUUUUUGAUUUGUUGUUGAAACAUUUUUAUUUUGUGGCUUUAAUAUUUAAUUUGCACAGUUUGACAAGUUUGGAUUUAUAAAAUAUUUGAAUGCC